UUGGGUACUCGCACUUCCAUCGACCAGCAACGAGCAAAGCCCCUCUUCUCCUACGUUUCCCUGGCCAAAACAAUGGACCCUCGGCUUCAACAAGCGAUAGAACAUGAUGAUGUUGAUGAGCUCCACAGGUUCAUUGUGGAGGAGCCAAAACUCUUAGAUCGUGCAUGUAAGGGCCCCUUCCCAAAUACCCCUCUCCACAUCGCCGCAGCCGCCGGGAAAACCCAAGUGGCCAUUGAGAUGGCCAUCUUGAAGCCUUCGUUCGCUCGGAUACUGAAUCCAGAGGGUUACAGCCCCAUGCACUUGGCUUUGCAGCAUGAGCAUUAUCAAACCGCAAGGGCACUGAUGAAAUUCGACCCCAAGUUGAUCCGAGUCCGAGGACGACGCGGGAUCACCCCUUUACAUUAUCUCACCGAGAAAGAAGGAGACAAUGAGUUGGAGCUCUUGGCCGAAUUCCUAACUGCCUGCAAAUCGUCCAUCGAAGACUUGACGAGCCAAUGCGAAACUGCAGUUCACGUUGCUGUCAAGAAUCACAACCUCAAGGCAUUCAAGGUUUUGUUUGGAUGGCUUAAGCGAGUCUAUUUGACAAAAAUCUUGGACUGGAAAGAUCAAGAUGGUAACACCGUCUUACAUAUUGCUAUAUCCGAAAAGCAACCCGAGAUCAUCAAGUUGUUGAUUGGGUAUACGAGCAUAGAUGCAAAGAACUUCCAAGAUAAGACGGCUCUGGAAAUCUUCCUAGUGAAUCCUAGCGGCGAUCAAAGUGUCGCAAAGAGGUUACGCUGGGAAGGACGUCGUGCAAAAUAUUUUGCUCCUACCCUCUCUCUGUCACAGUUUUUUGGCAGUGAUCUAGAUCGCUUUGAGAAGUUGGCAUGUUCUUUUGGCAUCCGAUAUGAAUCCGCUCGCAACAUUAUAUUUCUAAUGUCUGUCUUAAUGGUGAUUUUCGGUUUCCAAUAUGGUCUCACUCUUCUGGAAGGAUACUGGCAGAAUUCCUCCUUGAAUCCCACGGCCAAUUCCACUGUCGUUGCCACCAAUUCCAGUGGUACUGCUACUGGAAAACCACAUCAUGCCGGAAACCUGAUACCGGAGGGCUGGCUGCUAUAUACUUUCGUGGCCCUCAUCAUUUUGGCUAUUUUCGCAUUGCUGAAGAAAAUCUUGGCCUUUAUAAUGACACUAUUACCCUAUGCGCGCAAGGAUUACUGCGUAUUAGCCUAUGGCAUUUUGGCCUUCUCUAAAACCUUUCCCACAUUCCCGGAGCCCAUUGAGAUCGGAGGAGUGCCGUUAUGGAAUAUUACCAGUACUCGCAAGUAGCCGCUUUAUUUAUCCCCUUGUACGUGGGGGCAAAGCACAUCCAAGAUAUAGAUAGAAUCGAUGCCACAAGGAGACCUGUCGGCAACUUCCUACAAUCAAAGUAUCAGAAACUUCACUAGUAUUAUUCACUUUAAUUAUUCUUGUCGCGAAUGUAUAUGAACCAUGCUGCUAGUCUCGAGGUUUGCAAGAAAUAGACUAGACUCUUUUUAUUUGUUGCGUGUAA